AUGUCACUGGAAGGUGAUCUUGAAGAUUGCAUUUGGGGCCGAUCAGAUUGGCAGGAAUAUACGAAAAAAUUGGUUGCAGCUGAUGAUAUUAAUGAACAAGUUUUGCUAGAGAGAGUUGAAAAAAUCAAGGAAAGUAUAAAGCGCAAGAUUCGUAAAGCUGUAAGUCUUGGUAAUCUACAAGAAAUAAUCAGUAGAGACAUGGCAAAUUUGUGCGAAACAAGUGAGACAUUAAGUACUCGUUUUUCCACUUGCUAUGAACGAUUACAUGAAGGAGUUAUUCAACUGGAACAGAUGUCUGCGCUUAAAUUAUUGCUGUUUGCAAUAAAUAGAUGUGAAUUGUUGAUCAUACGCUUAAAUACAAUUGACGAGGUCGUAAAACGAUCUGAAAUUAUUUGCGAAUUAAAUGAAAUUUUAAAAGAAAAUCCUUGCCUCAAAGAUAUCAAUCGAAUGAGUGAAAUUGUUUUUGUUAAAAUUCCAUGUUUAACGAAAGAAACGCUCGCGAUCACCGUUCAGCAAUUGAAAUCUUCUAUGGGAAGUUUGAAUGCGCCUCUUGCUUCAUGUUGUUUGCGAGCACUAAAGAAUCUUUCGUGUUAUGAUUCUGAGAUCGCAAAUUUGGUUGAUGAAAGUGCAAAAUCACUGGAUUCAGAUUUUUUAAAAUUGGGUUUGGCAUCGGAAAUGGAUACAAAAAUUAUUACUCAAUUGUCAAACAAAAUGUCGUUGGAACAGUUUGCUCUUUUGGGUGAUAACGUUGGCAAGAUGUUUUGCAAAAAGUUCGCUGAAAUUUUAUCAAAUCGUAUUCCAGUGAAUUCAUCUUCUGCUUGUCGUAUUGUUCAGCUAUUUUCAAAAAUAUUUUCGACGUAUUCUUUAGCAACUAUUGGUCCUUUAUACGAUGCAUUAAAACCAUUUAAAAAUGCAAUUUUAUCGCAGUCUUUCAAUCGUAUGUUUGCUAUUAUUAAUAAAGCUCUUGACGAUCCCUUAUUGCGAAAUCCUGCUAUUGAAAAGAUUAAUUGCUUAUUUAAUGCCGAAAUGUCGUUGGUGAAUUGGGAUUCUGAAUUAAAGUCUGAGAUGGAGGUGAAUAUAAUAAAAUCAUUCAACAUUAUCGCUCAGAGAUUCGAACAACGCCUUUUACUAGACGAAAAUUCUCUUCAUAUGGGAGAUCGAGUUAGCAGCGCUCAGAUGUUAAAUUAUGACUUGAUUAAUAUUGGCAAUUCGUUGAUUGCAACUUGGCCAAAUUAUAGUGGUUCUUUGAUGAAGAUUCUUUCGGAUGCCAUUUCUAGGAUUUUUAAUAUAGCUCGUUCAUCAGUUUUCGCAAUUUUAUUAUCAAUGCAUAAUGAAAAACUUGGCAUGCCAUCGCCAUAUGUUAAAGAAUUGUGUAGUUAUUUAACUGUAUUUCGAUAUCAUUUAUCAUUAUUUUUAACAAACGAUAAUAAUGAUGAAUUGCGGAAUUUCUUAAAUUAUGUAAUUGAGUUAUUUUUAGUAAAUUCAUCAUUAUUAAGACCUGUAACUAUUAAUGAUUUAAAUUUUUUAUCAAAUGAUUUACAAUACAUUACAGAAAAUUCCAUUAGUGAAUUUAAUAUUAAAACUGAUUUAUUAAAUAUUAUAAACAGUCUAAUUAAUUCCUAUCGUUGUUCACCUGAGGAAUUAGAAAAAUGUGAAGAAUUACCCUUUUGGUUCACAGUGCAAUUACUAAUAAGCCAAAGUGAUUUAACACUUUUAUCACCCCAUACAUCAGUAAAUUGGUCAUUAGAUUAUUACAGUGAUUGGUUCAUAAAACAGACAAAUUCAAGUCGUUUAAAUUUUUUGUUAUCAUUUAUGCAUUCGUAUAAUUCAUCGGUUAUUUCAUCGGAAUCCACUAAAUAUGUUGAAAAUUAUCCUUUUAUUAUGAAUAUUUUACAAAAACAGGUCACUUAUCAAAAAUUGUAA